AUGGUCAUAUUUUGGAUGCUCGCUUCUGGGCGAAACCCCGGCCUAACUGCCAAAGCUGAAAGUGUUGUGAACGUGUCAUUCACUACCAGCACCACUGACUUUCCCAACCCCGAACGCGGUUUCUAUCGAGCUAUUUGGUCCACUAACUUGGACUCAUUCACGCAAGAAGACGCCGACGAUGCCUUCGCCGACGGAUAUCGCCUCGUCUACGCGCUCAUCAAUCUCGAACGUUUUAAAAAUAAGAACGCGCUGCCUGACGGUUUUUUAAACGCUUUGAGAAAUGGAUUCGGUUAUGCACGUGCCGCCGGUAUCAAGAUGAUCACACGUUCAGUCUACAACUAUCCGGAUAGCGAAGUGAACUAUGAGACCGCUGCGGACGCACCUUUGAAGCGGAUCAAGGGGCAUCUUUCGCAGUUGAAACCAGUCCUCCGAGACAACGCCGACGUGAUUGCUGUCGUUCAGGCCGGCUUCAUCGGAGCCUGGGGCGAGUGGCACACGUCUUCCAACGGUUUGGAUACCGAUGCCUCAGCCCGUGCCUCAGUCAAGAACAGUUUAAUGGACAACAUACCCCCAUCGCGUUUCGUUCAGUUCCGCAACCCACGCCACAUUCAAAAAUGGGUAGCAGAUCCACCCACCGUGGACGCAGCUAUCGCUCAAAAUUUUCGUUUUGGUUUCCACAACGAUUGUUUUCUCUCCAGCGAUGACGACGUCGGGACGUAUAGUGAAGAGAAGGAGCCCCGCGAUAACGAACGGAAUUACACGGACCGUUUAGGUGACGUUGGACCUUUCGGUGGUGAAACUUGCGACUCCACGUGGAGUUCGACAGCUGUCCGUCGAACCACCUGCUCGGACAUCUUGAAGGAGGGCGCGAUCUACAACCUCAGCUACCUUAACAGCCAGUAUUGGCGACCGGAGUUCCAUGAAAUGUGGAUAAAGAAUGGCUGUAUGCCCGAGGUUCGGCGACGAUUGGGGUAUCGCUUUGCUUUGCUCCAGGCAUCGCACGAGGACACGGUCAGUCGGGGCGGGCUUUUGACGUUGUCUCUGGCCGUAAGCAAUGGAGGAUGGGCUCGAUUAUAUAACGCUCGCUCGCUUCAAAUUGUUCUUCAGAACGUCCGUUCAGAUGCGACUCUGCGCCUUUCAACGUCCGGCGCAGAUCCACGUCGGUGGGUACCAGGAACCAGCACUGUCCGCGUGAACGCCACGGUUCCUUCCGGAUCACCCACCGGAAAUUAUCGUGUACUUUUAGCUCUCGCUGACCCUGAGCAAACUCUAAGCAGUGAUCCGCGUUACUCAGUGCGUUUCGCGAAUGACAAUAAUUCGUCCCUCAAUCAGUAUUGGGAUUCCUCUCUCGGCGGUUUUGCUUUAGGGACGUUUAUUCAGAUCAAGUAG